GCCGCUGGGACGGGGCGCUCGAGGCCGUGAUGGCGGCAGCAGUGGGGACGGGGACCACGCCACCGCCUCACGGUCUCUGCCUUCUCCCCUCAGGGAACUUCGACGGCGGGUACGGCACCGUGGGCGGCGCGGGGCCCCCGGGCGGCUACCUGCAGUCCCCAGGGGGGUUCGGGUCGCCCGCCGGCGCCCAGGCGGAGAAGAAGCAGCGGAGCCGCUCGCAGAACAUCGUGCCCUGCACGGUGUCGCAGCUGCUGGCGGCGGAACAGGUCGACGAGACAUUCCGGAUCUGCGACGUGGAGAUCUCGCAGGUCACCGUCGUGGGCAUCGUCCGGCACGCGGAGAAGGCACCCACCAACAUCCUCUACAAAGUGGACGACAUGACAGCAGCGCCGAUGGACGUCAGGCAAUGGGUUGACACCGAUGAGGCAGGAGGUGAGAAUGUUGUGGUACCUCCAGGAACUUACGUCAAAGUAGCUGGUCACCUGCGUUCGUUCCAGAAUAAGAAGAGCUUGGUGGCAUUUAAGAUCAUGCCUCUGGAAAAUAUGAAUGAGUUCACCACGCACAUACUAGAGAUUGUCAAUGCACAUAUGAUCCUCAGAAAAAAUCUUAUGUCAGCGUCGGGUGCGCCGCCGUCGUUCUCCGCUGGGAUCAGUGACAUGGGGGGCUACGGAGGAGGUGGCAGCCUGCCAGUGAACGGGCUCACGGCACACCAGAGCCAGGUACUGAACUUGAUAAAAAGCUGCCCUGUCCCAGAAGGUAUGAGCCUGCAAGAACUGAAACUUCAGCUCCGCAGUAUGAGCAUGUCAACGAUCAAGCAAGCCGUGGAAUUCCUCAGCAGCGAGGGACACAUCUACUCCACGGUGGAUGAUGAUCACUAUAAGUCAACGGAUGCUGAGUGAAGUUCCCUCCAGCUAAUUUUAGUUCCAAAAAAUGCUUAUCUAUGUUUCAAGAUACCCUGCCAAGCUCAGUGACGUGGAGGAUGGUCUUUGCUCUUUGUAGAAGGUCCCAGUUACUCUGCGACUGCUUCCUCAUGGAAUUCCAGGACAAGCAGAAUGUGCAGGAUUCUGUGAACUGGACUUGAUUCUAUGCUGUGACCAUGUGACUGAAAGCCUAAAUAGACACGGGAAAAGUGAAAUCCUCAAAGUUUCAGAACCUUCAUAUUGUUUUGGCUCCUUAAAAGAUGCCUGUUAGAAAGAGGAGCCUCUUUCUAAUCUUUGUUUCUAGAGCUGUUUCUCCUAACUCAGCUUCCCUUCUAUUCGUUCACAAAGUGGGUAGCCAUUCCACUAAUGUACAGUAAUCAUGAAAAGAUUUUUUUAUUUUUUAGUUUGUGCAUUUAAAUCUAUAUUUGUACUAGAGGUGAUCUUGUUUCUAGAGCUUUUGAACAUUUCCAAUAAAACUGUAACUUGGGGAGCCUUGCCUGCA